AUGUGGUGGGUAGUUGCCGUGUUAUUGAACAUGUAAAAAACAAUUUACAAGGACUCUUUAAUUUAUAAUUUUACCAUUUAUCUGUCUGUCUAGUAGGUCGCGGUGGCACCAUGGUGACGCUGACAAACAGCCGUUAGCUAGUUUUAGAUAAUAGCUUCCAGCGACCUGAUGAAGGGCAUAAUGUUGGCGGCGGUUUCGAGGUUUAAAACUCCUCGUUGGUUCUCCUCGGACCUGUUUUUACGAUGCUUUUUAGGACAUGCGGCCAUGAGGGUCGAGUUGAGGUUUUUAGCUGUCAGUCGCUCUCCGGGGUCAGCGCUGUGGAGCAGAACGGCAGCUGGUGUCAGAAAUGUGAGCACCUCCACGACUCUGUACGACAACAGCCGAAGAAAGCCGAAGAAGAGAGAGAUGUCUGAAAAGAAGCUGACCCGUCACUUCGUAGACCAUCGCCGUGUGAAGCUGGUAGCUGGUUCGGGCGGCAAAGGGGUCUGCAGCUUUCACAGCGAGCCUCGAAAAGAGUGGGGUGGACCAGAUGGAGGGAAUGGAGGUGAUGGAGGAAGCAUCGUUAUCAAGGCUGACCGGUUUGUCAAAUCAUUGGCGCAAGUGGUUCCUGUUUACAAGGGAGAGGACGGACACUCAGGGAGCAGCAAGAACUGUUAUGGUCGGAACGGCAGCCCAACAUACAUUUCUGUACCAUUAGGAACUGUGGUGAAGGAGCAGGGUAAAAUCGUUGUCGACCUUGCUGAGCAUGGACAGGAGUAUCUGGCUGUGUUUGGAGGAGCUGGAGGGAAAGGGAAUCGAUUCUUUCUGUCAAAUGAGAACCGUGCCCCAAUGACGGCAACCCCAGGAACACCAGGCGAGGAGCGGGUCCUUCAGCUGGAGCUACGGACCAUGGCCCAUGCUGGACUGGUUGGCUUUCCAAAUGCUGGGAAAUCCUCAUUGUUGAGAGCCAUCUCUAAUGCCAAGCCUGCUGUGGCUGCUUACCCUUUUACAACACUCAACCCACAUGUAGGAAUUGUCAAGUACAGGGAUCACGAGCAAGUUGCAGUUGCUGACAUCCCAGGUAUCAUUCGAGGAGCCCAUCUAAAUCGAGGCUUGGGCAUCUCCUUCUUGCGACACAUAGAGCGUUGUCGUUUCCUCCUCUUUGUUCUGGACCUUUCAGCUCCAGAGCCCUGGACGCAGCUCCAACACUUGCGUUAUGAACUGGACCAGUAUGAGCCUGGUCUGUCCCAGCGGCCUCAGGCUAUCAUAGCCAACAAAAUGGACCUACCUGAGGCUAAGGAGAAGUUACAAACUCUAAAAAACCAGGUCACCCAGAGGGUCAUCCCGGUAUCGGCUCUUACAGGACACAACACAGAGGAGCUCAUUCUCCACCUGAGGGAGUUGUACGAUGGCUACCUCCAAGGACAUGGUAGCGGGACAGACAAACCCAUCAGGUGGUAGGAAAAAAUAUGUCAGAUAUGUUGAUGAUAUAUAUUUAUACGGGUCGAUAUAGAAUGUGUUUAAAUUGCUUAAUAAAUGUAUAAACAAAA